CUCAUUGAAGGAACUUAUUUUGUCAUUAUCAGUCCUUCCGUACCCUUUCCUCUCCCUUGGCCAAAAAGUAAGCGAAACAAUGUGAGAAUGACAAGACAUUAUUAUUGAAAGGCCAUACUAUCCUUGUUAACCAUUUUCCUUUCAAAAUUCUAACCCUAACACUUGUUGUUCAGCAAUGAAGUUCGGAUUUUCAUCUUCGGGCGAUACAGUUACCGGAAACUGGGCUACAGCAAUGCCUAGUACAAGUUGCACAUUUUUCACUUUUCCUCCAGAACCUUGCGAUUCUACUUCCUUGCCGGUUGCCGGACCCUCUGUUACAACGCCUUCGUGGCUGUUCGGAGGGAGUUUCGUUUCAACUGAUACCGCUACUAUGCCUUGGUUUACGAAUGCCAGCUCAUCAACAGCCACGUCACCGUCUUCUGUUUCGGCAAUUACUACUGCUACAGUAACAGCCACGUCCCCAUCAAGCGUCUCUGCGACGGAAUUUGUAACUGUUCCUGAUAGUUGCCCCUCCGAGCAGGACGAGGUUGCUGCAAUUUUGGCAAGGCAAUGUGAGAAGUUUUUGUCCUGCCGAGCUGCUAGGCCAGCUCAAGGCAGAGGAGAAAAUGAAAGGCACGCUUGGGUCUUUGGAGCCACGGAGUUUGAAAGUACAAGCUCAAGCAAGCCCGUCAGUGAUGCUGCUCAUAUACCUGCUGCUACUGCUGAACAGAAGUAUGGGGAGUCCAAGUCGUGCAGUGUUCCCAGCUCGCGGCCUGCUGAGGAGGAGGAGCCUUACUUUCCACCUGUCGAUCUUCUGGACUCAACAAUCGAUAUGUGGGUACGGGUUGUCGCGAAUAAGAAGACAGAUCAAGAGGUCAGCGAAGAGGGGCUUUGUCACUUUUACAAGGGCAUCAACUAUUUCUGUCUUCUGUCUGAACGCCUUCAAGUAGUCACUGACAAGUAUAACGAGGCGGUGAAAGCGAGAGAUGAGCUGGAAAAAGCCUGUAGGAAGCUCGAGGACUCUGAAAGGGAGAGGCUUGAACAUGAGUUGGUCCAGAUGAUCUUUCACCAGAAGAUUUUCGAGCUUACAAAGGAAUUAAAGGAGGCCGGUCCUGCUGCUAUCCAGAAAUACAAGGCUUCCUCCUUGUACAGACAGGAACUCAUGGACUAUGCUGCUCCUUACAUGGGAAAAGGGGUGAAGCUGGCCAUAGAGAAGAUCAAGGCUAAAGAUCCCACGUUUGACCUGAAGACCUACGGCCUGGAGAUGUACAUUCUUCCUCCUGAAGCUGAUUAAGACGAAUUCUCAUCAAACAAGGAAGGUGAUGGUGGUGUCGAUCAGGAUGAGAACGAGGUGAAGCCAAGUGCUGCAGCUUGACAUUUAGUGGGAGGAGCAAGUUUAUGAGAUUUUGUUCAUAGAUGUGUUGUUGACUGACUGCCGAAGAGGGGAAAGAUCCCCCGAGCUUAGCAUGAAGCUCUUUUUGUUUUACCUAUGCUUAGCCAAUGCAACUUUUCUGGCUACUCUGUCUCUGAACUAGUAUGUUUUGCUGCUCCAUGGAAGUUUAUGGAGGUGUUAAUAGAGUAUGUAAUGAAUGUGCUAAGAUCAUAUCUCUGCAAUAUAUAAGAUGUUACUUUUGUC